AUGAUUAAUAUCUGCCGAACGGUGAGGCCGACAAGAGGGCCGCAGGCUGGUGCUUAUCCCUUCCCGGCCAGCAGAGUAGGCGCCGGGAAACCAGGCCACGGACUUGUGGUUAGUGGAGAACUCAGGAGAGAACUCAACCAGCGGACAACUCAACCAGCGGACGACUCAACCAGCAGACAACUCAACCAGCGGACAACUCAACCAGCAGACAACUCAACCAGCGGACAACUCAACCAGCAGACAACUCAACCAGCGGACAACUCAACCAGCGGACGACUCAACCAGCAGACAACUCAACCAGCGGACAACUCAACCAGCAGACAACUCAACCAGCGGACAACUCAACCAGCAGACAACUCAACCAGCAGACAACUCAACCAGCGGACAACUCAACCAGCGGACAACUCAACCAACGCACAACUCAACCAGCGGACAACUCAACCAGCAGACAACUCAACCAGCGGACAACUCAACCAGCGGACAACUCAACCAGCAGACAACUCAACCAGCGGACAACUCAACCAGCGGACAACUCAACCAGCGGACAACUCAACCAACGGACAACUCAACCAACGGACAACUCAACCAACGGACAACUCAACCAACGGACAACUCAACCAACGCACAACUCAACCAGCAGACAACUCAACCAACGGACAACUCAACCAACGCACAACUCAACCAGCAGACAACUCAACCAGCAGACAACUCAACCAGCAGACAACUCAACCAGCAGACAACUCAACCAACGGACAACUCAACCAGCAGACAACUCAACCAGCAGACAACUCAACCAACGCACAACUCAACCAGCAGACAACUCAACCAGCAGACAACUCAACCAACGGACAACUCAACCAGCAGACAACUCAACCAGCAGACAACUCAACCAGCAGACAACUCAACCAGCAGACAACUCAACCAGUAGACAACUCAACCAGCAGACAACUCAACCAGCAGACAACUCAACCAGCAGACAACUCAACCAGUAGACAACUCAACCAGCAGACAACUCAACCAGCAGACAACUCAACCAGCAGACAACUCAACCAGCAGACAACUCAACCAGCAGACAACUCAACCAGCAGACAACUCAACCAGCAGACAACUCAACCAGCAGACAACUCAACCAACAGACAACUCAACCAGCAGACAACUCAACCAGCAGACAACUCAACCAGCAGACAACUCAACCAGCAGACAACUCAACCAGCAGACAACUCAACCAACAGACAAUUCAACCAGCAGACAACUCAACCAACAGACAACUCAACCAGCAGACAACUCAACCAGCAGACAACUCAACCAGCAGACAACUCAACCAGCAGACAACUCAACCAGCAGACAACUCAACCAGCAGACAACUCAACCAGCAGACAACUCAACCAGCGGACAACUCAACCAGCAGACAACUCAACCAGCAGACAACUCAACCAGCAGACAACUCAACCAACAGACAAUUCAACCAGCAGACAACUCAACCAACAGACAACUCAACCAGCAGACAACUCAACCAGUAGACAAUUCAACCAGCAGACAACUCAACCAGCAGACAACUCAACCAGCAGACAACUCAACCAGCGGACAACUCAACCAACAGACAACUCAACCAGCGGACAACUCAACCAGCGGACAACUCAACCAGCAGACAACUCAACCAGCAGACAACUCAACCAGCGGACGACACAGUCAGUGAAUUCGCCCUGA